AUGCUAGAUUGGGAUUCCACUAGAGAGGAUAGUGUUAGGGAUGAGUUGGGAAAAAUCAUGACAGAUUUACUGAAGGAAUGGGGUAGCCACACAAGGUACUUAUUGGAGAGGGACAGACUGCUGUAUCAGGUGAGGUUUGUGAUACCGCGGACCUCAAUUCACAUUCCAAACUUACUCCAAGAGUUUCAUCGAAGUGCUGUUGGGGGUCAUUCAGGGGUGCAGAAGACAUACAUGAGGUUAGUCUCGAAGUUAUACUGGAAGGGGAUGCACAGAGAUGUGGGGGAGAUGGCGGCUAGGUGGGACAGUUCUGAAGAGGAGUACCCAUUACCACCCAUAGAUGAAUGUCCAAAUAGAAGUGAUCAACAGGAGCCUAGAGACCUACCUGAGAUGCUUUGUGUUGGAGAUAUCCAGGCUAUGGGCCAAAGUGUUAGAGAAAUUGAAGAGACAUCUACGAAGAGCUCAACAGAUUAUGAAGAAAAAGCUGAUGGACAUAGGAAGGAAAUCCAAUUCGAAGUAGGGGAGAGGGUGUUCUUGAAGCUCCCCCAACCAUACAGGCAGAAGAUAGUCGCCAACAGGAGGAAUGAGAAGCUUGUUCCAAGGUACUUUGGGCCUUAUGAAAUAAUGAAGAAGAUUGGAGCGGCAGCAUAUUGGCUGAAACUACUACCAAUGAUGACUGUACAUCCGGUUUUCCAUGUAUCUCAAUUGAGAAGGGCUAUUGAAGAUUAUAUAACCAGCUCAGAGUUACCGGUGACACUUAUUGAUAAUUUAUUGGUGAUUCUGAAACCUUUAGAGUUGAUGGGGGUUCACUAG